AUGGUCUCACAGACCGACGCCGAGUCCGACCAGAUGACCCCGCGACAGAUGGUAACCCUCGGCUUUGGAAAGCAAAACCACAAAUCAUGCGACGCGUGCCGUAUACGCAAAGUCCGAUGUCCCGCACAGGCCCGGCCAAGCCGGAUUUCGGACCUUGCGCGACCUGCGUUCGGCGGGAUAAACCCUGUCAUUUCAGCUCGAAGAAGCUUGCUCGGCGAAAGAAUGAUAGUGUCGGAGCAAUUCUUGUCCCCUAAGCCAACACCAAAGUCAAAAUCAAGCACACCAGGAAUUGACAUCAAUGAGGCAAAUCCAGCUGCCAUAUCAUCCCUGCAGCCAGAUUUCUUCUCAGAAGAUCCAGUGUCAAACACUCCCUCAUCAGAAGCCAACAAGCAGCAUCAACUGCCCGUUUUGCACGUUGACAGCUUGCUCACCCGCUCCAGCAAAGCCAGUCCAUCCGAAGCGGGCGAUGAGACUCCACCAUUCAUAAGGGGAAAUGGCAUUUUUGCCGGCGAUCACUCUCUUACAUUCUUUUCCGAAACCAGACUGCAGUCUCUUGCUUCAUGCUUGCGGAACAAUAAAGUCAAUGAACUGAGAACCUUCUGGUGUCUGUAUGCCAUUGAGAAGACAUCUAGCUUCUACUUUGGAAGAAGUUCAGCCUUUAUCGACGGCGACAUAUCGUGUCCCAUCCCCCAUGUCCCCGAAUCAGUCUUCGGCGACUUUGACUGGUUUUUAUCAAUCAUACGCCAUGCGCGAAUCAUAUCACAAACAUACUCCUCACUCUUUUCGGUCGCCGUUGCCAACAAACCAAACGCGUAUUACAUGGACAUCAUUGGUCAACUGAAUCAGAAGCACGACGACUGGCGCAUGUCAAUACCUGACACUGGGUUUCGGCCUGGCGGACUUAAACCGCCCUCAAGCAUUCACUGCGGCGUUGAAAGAGAGGCAGCAGUCAUGAUUCACUACUACCACGAUGGUCUGCAACUCACCUUGGCCCGGGCUACGCUGCACCGGCUGUCCCGGUUGUCCAGGGCAGACGACCCUCUCAUCGCCGCGCAGCAGAAAGCCACCAUGGAGGCAGUUCUCAGCGCUUCACGUUCCGUCCUUGAGAGAACUGUCUUGGUCAACGUCGAUUCUCACACUAGUAUAUGUCCGCUCCACGUCAACACGCCAUCCCACUUGGCCUUGCUCGACAUGGCUGGAGGUCAUUUCAGCCGCAUCGAAUACCGCAGCCAGGGAUACCUACCCGGAUCUCUCAUCUCUGAGUUUGCGCACAUCGCGCGCGAGUACGUCAACGACGCCCAUCUAAAGCAGGAGGCCAGAGCAACGCAGGCCCAGACGUUACCGGACAUUAUCAAUGUACCGCAGCCACAACAAGGGGCUGCACAGGUCCAAGCCAUGGCAAACGCUCCCAAGGUAGGGCCGAAGGAGAGCAUCCCGUCCGACGUGGGUAAUGUUGCUUCAGCCGAGCUGCCUGAUUUCAGCAUGGCAUUCAACGGGUUCCCUGACUACACGCCAUCGAACGCGACGAUGGGCACAGACGUCAUGGGCAUCUUUAAUUACUAUCUCCCCGAACUGGAUCCGAUGUUCUCUCAGGGUCUGGAUGAAGAGUAUGCUUUCAGUCAGGAGCUGUCAACUGGCAUCCCAAUGGAUGAAAGCAUGGGCACGACAAGGAUAUAG